AGCUGAAUGUGAGUGUGACAGGAUGGCAGAGGAAAAGCGCCAGAGUCCUGGAAUUAAGACCGGGACCGUUACUUAAGUCAGACUGCGACUGACAGCACACGGACCCCGGAGCGCCUCAUGUUCGCUGAUGCGCGACCGGAACUUUAUGACUAAUCACACUGAAUAUCGUGAAAUACUCCGGGGAAAAGUAUGGACAACAGUUGCUUUGAGGAAUUGUAAUUGCGGUGCCCCGAAAGCACACGAGUAACAACUUAACUUUCCUUUAGAAAGGCGACAAAGAGACAUUUCGUUUGCGCUCGUCAAACGAGUUUUAAUUUGGGACAUGGAGGAAAGAAAAUUCAGGAUUGAAAAAAUAUGACAUGAUGGAUGUAUUUUACUGCAUCAGUGACAGGAGUGCUGUCAUGUUUUAACAGGAGUGAGAGUGUUCAAACCUUUCUUACGUGCUGAUCUAUCUGUUCAUACUUGGAAAGGAGUAACUCGUCUUCAAUACUGUCUUUCUCAUCACUGAUACUUUAAGUUAUUUUCAGCUAGAUAAAAUCCUGCCCUUAUGUCAUGGGCUGACCUGGGACCGCGCAGUUAAUAGUGAGGGGGACAAUGUCGGGACCCUGCGUCCGCAUCCCGUUUUGGGUUCGUGUGUUUCUCCUGCUGCUGCUUCACAGAGUCUCUGCAGGCUGUCCCGAGCUUCUUUCCAGCGGCUGCAGCUGCGCAGAGGACCGCGGUAAAGCGCACGCUGCGCCCGGCGCGCGGAGGAAAGUCAGCUGCGUUGGGAAGGAGCUGACCGAGACGCCCGAAGUUAGUCUGCUUCCCAACAGAAUCGUCUCUCUAAAUCUGAGCAACAAUCGUAUCCGCAUCCUGAAAAAUGGCUCCUUCACUGGCUUGUACUCCCUUGAGAAGCUGGAUCUCAGGAAUAACUUGAUCAGCACCAUCAUGCCUGGAGCCUUCCUGGGUCUCACAGCUCUUCGGAAACUUGACCUAUCCAGUAACCGAAUUGGCUGCCUGACUUCAGAAGUGUUCCAGGGCCUAACCAACCUCACAAAAUUAAACAUCUCUGGAAACAUUUUUUCCUCUCUGGACCCGCAUUUGUUCUUGGAGUUACACUCUUUAAAGCUGGUGAACUUUCAUUCUGAUUUCCUGUCAUGUGACUGCGGUCUGCGCUGGGUGCCAGGCUUUUUACGCAGCAGUUCUGCUCGGCUUGGGGACGAAACACUCUGUGCGUAUCCCAGAAGACUUCAGAACAAACCCCUGCGUCUCCUGAGAGAGAGUGACCUCAGCUGUGAGGGUCCGCUGGAGCUGCACACGCUGUCUCUGUUGCCCUCGCUACGACAGGUCGUGUUUAAGGGGGACAGGCUGCCUUUCCAUUGCACUGCUUCACUGGUGGACAAAGCCACUUCUCUUCACUGGCGACACAACGGUCAUUCUGUCACCACUGACCCUACCAGUGGAGUCCACCUGGAAGAGAGUGUACAACAUGACUGCACCUUCAUCACCAGUGAGCUGAUCCUGUCAAAUGUCCACAUUGAGGCGAGUGGUGAGUGGGAGUGUGUGGUGUCCACGGACCGUGGGAAUGCCUCGCGCAGUGUGGAGAUAGUGGUUCUGGAGAACAGCGCCUCCUUCUGCCCAGAGCAGAGAGUGACUAACAACCGAGGGGAGUUCAGGUGGCCUAGAACUCUGGCUGGCAUCACCUCAUACCAUUACUGUCUGCAGCUGCGCUACCCCUCUUUAACCAUAGGGGGCGGCGUGGAGCAGAAGAAGGCUUCACGUAACUGUGACCGCUCUGGACACUGGGAGGAGGGAGACUACUCUCAGUGUCUCUAUACUAAUGACAUCACACGGAUCCUGCAUACCCUCAUACUGAUGCCCAUCAACACCUCCAAUGCUGUGACUCUGGCACACCAGGUGCGGUCAUACACAAUGGAAGCCGCCGGUUUCACAGACACGGUGGAUGUUCUUUAUGUGGCUCAGAUGAUGCACAAAUUCAUGGACUAUGUGACAGAACUGCGUGAGCUGUCCGAGGUCCUGGUUGAAAUGGGCAGUAACCUGAUGCAGGCAGAUGAUCAGAUUCUAGUUCGAGCUCAGAGAGAGGAGAGAGCCUGCAGUUCAAUCGUCUACACACUGGAGAAUCUCGCCUGGCCUCAGCUGCAUUCUCACGCACAGGACCUCUCCAAAAAUUCAAGUAACAUUGUGAUGGAGGCUCACAUGAUUCGUCCUGCUCAUUUUACUGGCAUGAGCUGCACGGUCUAUCAGAGACGAGAGGGGGCAGGAGGGAGCCAGGGGCAUGAUGGGAUUGAAUCUUCCCUUGAGCAGCAACUGCGUUUUCGCUGCACCACAGGAACACACAACACCUCGCUGAAUGCUUUUCAUCUCAAGAACGCAGUGGCUCUUGCUUCAGUGUCUCUCCCUGCAUCUCUUUUUCCACCGAAUGCUCCUCCUGACUGUAAGCUGCAGUUUGUGGCUUUCCGCAAUGGAAGAUUCUUCCCAUUUACCAGCAAUUUUACAGGACAUUUGGACCUUGCACGCAGACGUGGUGUCAACACUCCAGUUAUCUACGUUGGCCUAGAUGGAUGUAGCAUGUGGAACCAGUCUGAUCCCAUUAUUGUGUCACUACGACACACAUCACCUGGAAAUGACCCUGUUGCUGCCCACUGGAGUUUGCAGGCUUUGGAGCAUCAUGGGAGAUGGAGUCUAGAUGGCUGUCAGCUGGCCCAUAGUGAUGCGUCCACCUCUACACUGCGCUGCUCUGUGCUAAGCAAUUACGCUGUACUUCAGGAGUUGCCAGAUUUCCCGAGUUCACCUUCGAUUCCAGUGGAAGUGCUCCAUCCAGUGAUCUACACCUGUACUGCAGUGCUGCUCCUCUGUCUCUUCACCAUCAUCAUCACAUAUAUACUGCAUCACAGCUCUAUCAGAAUCACCAGGAAGAGUUGGCACACACUCCUAAACACUUGUUUCCACAUCGCAAUGACAUCUGCCGUAUUUGCUGUAGGCAUCACUCUGACCGGCUACCCGAUUGUAUGCCAGGCAGUGGGGAUUGUUCUUCACUACUCUUCUCUGUCCACUUUGUUAUGGAUCGGGGUUAGCGCCAGAGUCAUCUAUAAAGAAGCCUUAUUAAGGACUCCACAGCAACUAGAAGGAGAAACUGCUGUACAACCAACCCAGCGGCCCAUGCUCAGGUUUUAUUUGAUAGCCGACGGGGUCCCACUCAUCAUAUGUGGUAUCACUGCAGCUGUAAACAUCAGUAACUAUGGAGACAACAUUCCUUACUGCUGGUUGGUAUGGCAACCCAGUUUCGGGGCUUUCUUCAUUCCAGCUGGACUGAUCGUUCCUGUGACCUGGAUCUACUUCCUGUGCACUGCUGUCUGCCUGAGGCGCCAAAACCUCCAGGAGUCCAAAGAUCCUCCUUGCUCCUCCUCCAUCCCCUCAACUUUACCUGAGAGCCAACCGGCAAUCAGUGGCAGCACCAGCCUGCUCUCAGCAGACUCUGUGGUGGGCCCAGUGAAUGCCAGGAUGACAUUGGAGGACCAGUACUCACUGAAGGUCCAGUGUUUGGUGCUGGUGGCAACUCAGUUCGUGUUUGUAGGGCUGUGGUGUUGCGGCGCUAUGGCCGUUUGGCACGUGGAUAGAGAGCGGAAACUCUUUAGCUGCCUGUACGGUGGAACGGCUACCGGAUUAGGGAUCUUCUUGGUGCUCCAUCACUGUUUCAAGCGUUUGGAUGUCCAGGCAGCGUGGCUAAGUUGUUGUCCGGGUUACCGUCGCUCCCAGCCCAUGGCAGCUUAUUCCCACCCCUGCACUGCAACCGUAGGCGUCCAGAGUGCCUCGGAAAGGGGCUCCCAACUUUUUGUAGGAUGCCACCCACCGACGGACACCAACAAUUACUCUUCUUCUGCCAGGUCAUCAUCUACUCAAAGUGGAACGACGAGCAUCGCCGCCGGGCCUUGCAAACUCACCAACCUCCUUCAAGGGGCUCAAGACAAUGUGAAUAACGCCACCCGAGCGCCAACGGGAACUAAUACCAACACAAGUACAAGCACGGAGAACAACAAGCCAGCUAAUAAUCUGUUGCCCAGUCUACUGCCUGUCCAGCAGCCUCAAAGGAGGAAGGCUUGUAGUAAAACCAGGGGUGGAAACACCCAGUACCAUCACCGGGGGGACGGCAGGGGGCAUUACCGCCUCAAAGCUCUCAGGGCAGGUGGAGGAGGUAGCAUGGGUGCUUUGGGACCUUCUGCGACAGAGCAAUCGAACAUCCACCAUCUACACAAACACGCUUCCAGUGAGAAUGGAAGUCUACGGAAUAGUCAUUCAGAGGGUCAGAACGGACUUCUGACCAAUGGGCGGCACAGAGGGGAGGGACUAGCGACGAGCCCUUCAGAAGGUAGCGAUGGUGGUAGCAGCGGAAGUAGAAAACCUUUUCCCCUGUUGCCUUCGGUGGCGUGUAGGUCUGCCAUGCAACAGAACGCUAAACAUCGCAGCACUAGCAAAGACAAUCUUAAACUGGCCGCCGCGGCUGAGAGAGAGUCAAAGCAGAGCCUGUUCCCUCUAAAUAUGACAUCAAAUGUCACUGCGACGGCCUUGUUGACGACAGUUUCAGCACCUAAUGGAAGUCUAAAGGGAUCCGUGGUGGAAUUGGACUCUAGCGGAACUGACCAAUCACAGGGCUCGGUUGGUAUGAAGAGCAGGGUAUGGAAGAGCGAGACAACUGUAUAAUAAUGAGCUGCAGGUAGAGCUGAAAGACCUUGAAGGUUUCUUGAACUUGAAUGCUAGAAGCCGAAGCAUGGAUUUCUUUCUCCACAACCUAGAUGAAAAGACUAGUUUAAACCAGCCUAAGAUGGUUUUGGACACUUUUCAGCCAAGCUAAACAUCAGCUUGGAUUGGCUGGGAGACCGGCUUAACCAGCUAAGGCCAGGAAACCUGUCAAACAGUGUUGUAGAACUCAAAACUGGACUACUGCAGUCAUAUUUUUUUGGUCUUUCUGGGCAUUUGGACUCGGUCUUGACACAGACACAGAUUCCGGUCUUGAGUGCUGCAACACUGUGGAUAUGUUUUGUGGUUUGUGCCGACUCACGCAUGUCUGAUUUGUCUCAGGACUGGAGCACAAAGUUCACAUGAUACUGUCACGAAACCAAGCCUCAUUUAAGACCCUCUUCAAGUCACUGUCUUGACUCGGACUAAGACUCAUCAACACAGAAUUCAGUCCAGUUUCGUCCAGUUUCAUGUACUACCACACUGCAACUUAGGCUGGGUCAAGCUGGGUUUUUCAGCAGGGAAGGGAAACUUUUGGCUCCUUUUAUGAUGAACCACCGAUACUUGUAAGCUUUGGUGUCCUGUUGUCUUUGAACCGUCCAAUAUGCUAAGAGCUAAUGCUAAGCAUGCUAAUAAGGAGAAGCUGUGUGUGAGGCCGUUUUAUAUGAAGAAAAUGAAAGGGUGUGUAUGCAAAACCCUACUCCUCUAAAAAGACAUUGGAAGAGUUGGUUUGACAAAAUAUGCAAAAUCGUUUUGAUUGCUUUUGUUUGCUUGUAAUACCACUUAAUCCAACAAAUUGUUUGAACAUAAUGAAUCUUUUAAUAUUGAAUAUGCCAAGGGAUCUGAACCUAAAGUUCAGCCGUUUAGCUGUGUUGAUCUUUAUCUUUCUGACUAUGCAUAUCGAUCAGGAUGGAGAACCUGUUCGCCUGUUACCUAAGUUUUCUUGUUCAGUCCCUUCAUGUCUUUGUCUCUUGUGUGUUCAUGUUUUUAUUCACGCUAUUUCAUUUACAUGUCUGUAAGAAUGUACAUUGUGUUAUGUAUGCAUUGUUUGACCAUUACAGUGUUAAUUCAAUUCUCUGGCACUAGUAAGCAGCUUUUGACAUCAGUCCCACAGAAAACAAAGACUUGCCAUUGAUCCAUCCUUCCCCGACAUUUCCAUCCAAUGCUUUACUGGUGCUGGGAAUGUAGUUCUUGUUCUUCUAAAGCAGUGUUGUUCAGCAGAACGUGAACUAUUGCAUUCAUUUUUUAGUAAAUUGGAACUAUUUGGAAAACGUGGCUUAACAGUGCCCUCUAUUGGGCCAUUUCUGCCAUGAUCAAAUGCACUGAAAAUGAAAGCUGUUGAUGGAGAAAUGAUAUCAACAAAGUGAGAGCUGCUUCAGAUGUCACUCCAGAGUUACUAAGGGAUUGAUAAUGAAGGGCAAGUGUUUGUCCAUAAAGUACAUGUUCUGUUCUGUUGUAGUACCAUGUGUAACAUGGGCUUUUUUAGCACUUGUCCAGGUUAUGAAGAGAGCAUUUGGCAUAUUCUUAUAAAUAAUAACACAUGUUAUAUUAUACAUAUCAGUAUUAAUAUUGAUGUAAUUGUCAUUAUGCAGUUUUAUGAUAUCAGUAUUUUACAGAGGAUUGACUUAAUCAGUUUUAUAAACUCUGUUUUUAGUCUAAAAGCACACCAACAAUCAAAGCUUGACCUCCCAUGCUUUUUUUAUUUUCUUCUGCAGAUUAUUACCAUACAUAGAGCAAGUUUUGUUUACUAAAGCACUGUUCAAACCCACAAAUGGUUAGUGAGAAGAACUACUAAUCUACCUGGAAUUGUUAGUCCUCCGUCUUAAGCUUAUGCAAAGUUCUGAAGAGCCAGGAUAUAAUUAUUUUCAAUAGGUCUUUUGUUUUUCAAGUGUCCAAAUGUCUUUUUCUCAUGAAAGCAAAGAAUGGACAAUCCCGACCGCCCCAAAAAGGGGAAUUCAGAUCUUUGCACUGACUGUUUUUUUUUCAAGGCCCACAAGCUAACAGAUACUGACUGUAGUGCCAUUAUUUUUAGAUCAAAUCAUGAUGAAGUCACAAGCAUUGCCCGUCUUUAGCUUUAGCUACACUUUGAUUAAAAUACUAUUAUUUUAAAGUGUGUUCAGGGAUAUUUGUAUGCCAAAGAAAGCUUACUGUAAGUAUGAGCUUAUUUGACAUUGUGUAGCCUCCCAUUUGUCUUUUUCCCCUUCAAGCCAGAAAUCUCCCUCAGAAUUGUUAAACAUUCAAAGACCACAUACUGAUAAAGAACCAUUGCUCCUUUUUCCCAAAUCAAAAAGCUUUUAAAGUCAUGUGUGAUAAUUUUGUGAUUAAUGUAAGUUCGAUUAUGAAAGGUUAUAAUCACCAUCGUGUCAUUACAGAUAACACAUAUUCUAUUUAAUUUUGGUUGUUUAUGAUUUCAGUUGCUUUUGGGGCAAAUUUUAAUUUGAAAUGCCAACAACAAAGAAUGUAGAGAAUAAUACAUGGAUUUUGUGGCCUUCUCAAAGUUUGUUAUGUGUAUGUAAUACUUAAAAAAAUCCCUUUAAAAAAUGAUUAAAACUUUGAAUGGCUUGUAUGUGCAUAAUGGUUUCAGGUGACUGUGAUAUUUGCAUGAAUAAUUUUCUUUGGGUAGGCCCAGAGCUUCUGAGGGUCAGUAUAAUUUCAGUGUUAUUCAAAACAAUGUUUUGAUUGUUAUCAUGAAGUUUAAAAGGGAGAUUUCAAUAAUAACAUGAAUAUUUAUAUUUUUGUCACUCACUUCAAUAUGAAAAUGAUAGAAGCAUUUUUGUGUCAAUUUCAGUAAUAUAUUUCCUAUAGAUGUUAAGAUUGUGCCUUAUCUAUGACCUGAUGCAAAAUAAAGGUUUGGAAAAAUG